UGCUGUAUUUGCCUGUCAUGCAAUUUGGUGCCCUAUUUGCACGCCUUCCUGUUUGUUGACCCUGACUUGGAUUUUGGAUUUAAAGCCCGCAAUGGCCUAAAGGAAAGGCUGCUCGCUUGUCAUUCACUCUCAUUCACUCAAUAGGCUCUGCGCGAGUAGUCAAUGAUGCUGCUGGUUGGUAUCUUGUUGCUGUCUUCUCUCGUGACGGCUAAGGGACAUGCACAUACUGGUGGCCACACUACGAAAGUGACUCUCAAACAAACUGAAUACCUUGCGAUCAAAGUUGUUACUGGCAAGCAAGAAUUGCGAAUGGCGCUGAAGCCUCCUGCACAGAUACAGAGAAACGCCGCCUCUCAAUCAGCUGUCUCCCAGACCGAACCAGGCACUCCGUCAACUGCAUACCUGGUGAAUGUUCAAAUUGGAAAAGACAAUGUCGACCUGGUCAUCGAUACCGGCUCCUCGGACACAUUCUGCGUUUCGAAAGACUUCAAGUGCACCGACAAGGCUGGCAACAGUAUAGACCUAAGCGCAUGCCGUUUCGGAAAAUCCUGUGACAGCGCAAGGACGCGAUUCUCUCCUGGCUCGGCCUUCUUCUCCGCUCGCUAUGGUGAUGGUGAAAACUUGAAGGGGUAUCCUUUCCUCGAUGAUGUCCAUGUAUCGAACGUCUCCAGCAUCGACCAGGUAGUGAGUCUGGCAACCUCUGGGUACUGGACUGGUGACUCGAUCUCCAGUGGUAUUUUAGGGCUAGGAAUCGGCACGACAAGUGUAUUCGCAGAGCCCAAUCCUUCAGAUUCUUCGGCCCGUGUCGUUUAUCAGCCAUUUGUGAAGAAGCUGCUGCUGGAUCAUAAAUUGCCAAAAGGACUAUUCUCUAUGGCUGUGACCCGACAAAGUACCGGACAAACGUCUGGUGCCCUGGCCUUCGGCGGCAGGCCACACGGUGUUAAGCUGUUUGGGCAGUCUACAUGCGUGCACAUGGUGGACAUGAACGGAAACCCGACAAAAGAGCCAAAGCAGUAUCAAAUCAAGAUCGACAAGAUCAAAAUCGGCAAUGUCGUGGUUGCUGGCAGUGAGGACCAGAUCGCCCUCAUUGACAGUGGCACCAGCUUAAUCUCGGCACCUGAGACAGUUGCGACUCAGAUUGCUCAAGCUUGGGCGGCUGGCACCCCGAGCAUCAGCAUUACUAUCGGCAAAGUUGAUUUCAUGCUUCGAGCGGAAGACUUAGUCACCAUGUACGAGGGCAAGAAGACAUCUACGUUCGUGCCCAUGCCAAAAACUUCCGAAAACCAGGCUUUCAUCUUCGGCGACGUGUUCUUGAGAAGUGUUCUCGCUGUCUUUGACGUCAAACACUCACGCAUGAUGUUCACAAGCACAAACGAAGUGCAGCACACAGGGCAACAGCCUCUGAGUGAGGCGAUAUACACGUGCCAUCAUCACUAAACUUAACGCUAUGGACUGGCUUUCACCUACUCAAGUGUUUCAACGUUCAGUCAAACUGACUACACUUCUUAUUACCUCUCUAAGAAAACCUUUAUAAUUGC